CAGUCGUCUGUGUGGAGGUGAUUACGUGUAGCUCACAGACUAGCACUAGCACUAGCAGUAGCAUCAGUGACAGCAGCUACCUUGUCAAACCGGACAGUGCCACCAACGAGUCACCACAGUAGGAGUUGUUGGAGUUUAUUCCGAGUAAAAUGGAUGAAAUGCGGCCCCGGACUGAUAUUGUUCGAAGUUAAUAUGAUGUGGCAUGAUGGAAUCACCACCAUUGAAUUCUUCUGAGUGGGACACACGGACACGGCUCUGUCUCAGUCCCCAGAACAAGGAGCCAUAAACUCCAUGCGUCGAGUGAAGCCACGUACUCCACAGACACUGCGAUUUGCACUGGAAAAUAGACACUGACUGAAAGACAAGCCAUGUUUGCCAGGCUGAAAAAGAAGCUUGCAGAGGAAGCAGCCACUGCUCCGCGGAGUGGCGUCCGUAUACCACGCACCAUCAGCAAGGAAUCCAUCACGUCAGUGGGAGCAGACUCAGGCGAUGACUUUGCAUCUGAUGGCAGCAGCUCCAGGGAUGACCUGCCCACUCUGCUCCUCAGAAGGAACGAUCAGAUCCGGAAGCUGGAGGCCAAGCUUUCAGACUACGCUGAGCAGCUACGAAUUAUGCAGAAGACCAAGGACAAGCUUGAAAUUGCUUUAGAAAAGCAUCAGGAUUCGGCGAUAAAGAAACUCCAGGAGCAGAGCGAGUCUCACCAGGCUGGCAGAGCCAAAAUGGCCGAGGGGAUGACUUUAGCUCUGGAGAAGAAGGAUCAGGAUUGGAUGGAGAAGAUGGAAAUUCUGGAAAAGGAGAAGACUGAAUUGUCGGCUCAACUGCAAGACAUGAUGGAGCAAAGUCUGACUCUCUUCAAGAAAAGGGAUGACCUGGAUGAACUGGAGGGUUUUCAACAGCAGGAGCUGGCCAAAGUGAAACACAUGUUGCUGAGGAAGGAGGAGCAGCUGAACCAGCAGGAGCGACAGCUCCACAAGAAAGAGGCUGAAGUCCAGUCGGCAAAGCGUGGGCUUUCUGAGGCUCGAGGGAAACUCCAGACUCUGGAGCAGCAACAUGACGAGAGCUGCAGACUCAACUCUGAACUGGAAAUAGAGCGAGAGGAACUGCUGCUGCUCAGAGAGGAGGCCGACAGGAAGAUCAGUGAGCUGGAGGGAAAAUGUCAGGAGCUGCAAUCGGUCGUCCAGCAGGUCUCUGAAGACUUCCAGAAGUCACAGAGUAUGGUGUCAACUCUAGAGAAUUCACUCCGUGAUUUACAGACUGAACAUGAUUCUCUAAAACUGCAACAGCAAAAGGCUGCUGUGACAAAGGAGGAGAAGGAGCGCUUGUUGGUGGACCUUCAGAAGAAAGUCACCUCCCUGGAAAGACGACUGCAGGGGAACCUGAGUCAGGAUGAGCAUCUACAGGAGCUUCUCCAGGAGAAGUCCAUCCUGGAGCAAAGUGUAGCUGAGACCAGAGCGGAGCUGCUGACCGUGCGGACAAACCAUGCUGAUACUGUCAGCUCACUGGAGGCACAGGUUUCCAGAAUGAGCUGCAGCAUCACUGAGCUGCAGACCCUGCUCCGACACAAGGACGACUCUUCCAGGGCCUACAGAGAGAGAACAGACACACAAGUUUGUAACCUGGAGCAGCAGGUCCUGGAGUGUAGUGAGAGACUGAAGAGUGCUGAGCAGCACAUCACAGACAAACAGCAGCACAUGGAUCAACUGCGUGCAGUGUGGAGUGCAGAGAAAGCCUUUCUGGACCAGCAGGUGUGUUUGUUGCAGCAGCAGAGUGAGGAGAAGGUCGCUCGACUGGAACAAAGCAUUGUGUCAUUAGAGAAGGAUAAACAGACGCUGCGGGACAGAUUGGCUGAUGUGGAGAGGCAGAGUGAUGAUGUGAAUGCCACACUGACGCAGAGGAUGGAGGAGCUGGAGCAGUGCAGGCUGGAGCUCAACAGUCGGCAGACGCUGAGCACAGAAAUCGCCAAAGCUCUUGAAGAAAGCAGGCGACAGAAGGAAGAGCUGCAGAAACAGGUUGGAGAGCAGGCCACAUCCCUGCAGAGCUCACAGCAGGAACUGUCCACUGUCACUGAGAAGCUGGCGCUCGCAGAGGAGAACAUCACAGCUCUACAGAACGAGGUGCAGAGUGGACAGGCCUCUCAGGUCCAGCUGCAGGAGCAGGACGAGCGACUGCGAGCUCAGCUCAAGCAGAUGGAGCUGGACAGAGACUCUGAGCUGAGCAGCCUGAAGACGGAGCUGCUCAGUCAGACAGAGCAGUUAGACCGCUGCCAGGCACGGGUCUUGUAUCUGGAGGUGGAGGUAGAAACUCUGACAGAACAGCUUCACAGCCCUGCAGUGUGUGAGGACGACCACAACGGGAGUGUGACGGUGGAUGAUCUGGAUCACAUUCACAAAGUCAACAGAGAGUUGGAGCAGCAGCUCAACGACAAGAACAGGACCAUCAAGCAGCUGCAGCAGAGACUGGCUGAACUGAAGAGAACACUGCAGAAAGAACUGAAGCUGAAGUCUGAACCAGAGGCUGAAGUGAAGGAGAAGCUGACAGAAAGCCGAGCAGAAAAGCAGGAGAGGUUUUGUCCGGAGCUCUCACCGGUGUCCACCCUGAGUCCCCCGACCUCCAACACCACCGUGACCAACACGUCCGACCUCAACGACUCACGGGAAAUCAACUUUGAAUACCUCAAACAUGUCGUCCUCAAGUUUAUGUCCUCCAGAGAGGCUGAGGCGUUUCAGCUAAUACGAGCUGUUUCUGUGCUGCUGAACUUCUCCCGUGAGGAAGAGGACAUGUUGAAGCAAACUCUAGAGUACAAGAUGUCCUGGUUUGGGUCCAAGCCUUCUCCUAAAGGGACGAUCCGGCCUUCGGUCUCAGGCACCUCGACUCAGUGGAGAUGAUGAGCAGCAGCAGCAGCAGCAGCAGCAGCAGCAGCAGAAGCUGGAGCUGAAAGGAUUUACCUCCAUGAGGAACACGUUUCUAGCUUUAAAAUGUGAACAGUGUUGUUGUCACAGAGCUGCACAGGUCGUGGAUAAGGACAAAUUCAUCAUCAGUUUAAAAGGAUCAUAUUUUCUUGAUAAUGGUUGAGGUAAAUCUGACUAAGCAUAAUUCAUACAUGAUUUAAAAGUGACCUGCUGAGAAAAUGACAUCAGCUAUUUUAGGAACUAUUUUUGAGAGAAAAAGGAGCCUGACUUGAUAAACUAAUGUUGCCUGGUGUGAGUCUGAACAGCUGCUUCUUCCAACUGUAUCAUUUUAAGAUAAACGAGGGGUUUGUGUUUAACACUAACACAUCAGGUCUGGGCCACAUGCAUGAACAUCUGGUUUUUCAUGUAGACACGGAUGUUCGGCACAUUGCACAUCACAGUUGGCCACAGUGCUCGCAUGCACACAAGAAUUUAAACUGAUUUAAACCACUUAUGGAAAGGAGUUUGCUGUAGAACUGCUUUGUCCCUCACACCAAACUCCAUGGUCACACAGGAGCUGUUCUUCCAUCAUUAGGAGACGAGCAGCUCCUGUGUCUCUGAGUUUAAAUCGCUGAUAAGAGGUUUUGUGUCCUGUGCUGAAGAUGAUGAGGGUUUUAUUAGGCGUGACUAAAAUCAGUGUUUCCUUGUGUUCGUGCUGGCUGCCGUGGUUUGACCGUGUGUCUGUAUUAAACAUGACCUUACACGUGCUGAUGUCAGUGUGGUCAGUCAGGGUAAACCAUUACAACUGCUCUUCAUGACCACUGACUGUUCUCACCACGACACGACUUUCUCUGGGCUGUAGGCUCCAACCUAAACCACCAAUAAGCUAAAAUAACUUGUUGUUUGAAAGAGCGCCCCCUUCAGGGUCAAAGAAGACUCCAAAUAUGGCUGCCACGAGCCUACACUGAUGAAUCUACAAUAUGAUUGAUGUGGACUUUAUUUGACUGUUUGGUUUAUAAUUAUUAUAAUAAUAAUAAUAACAAUGGUGUGGUGUAAUAAGUGAAUUUGAUGUAAUUAAUGCCAGAAGGACAUGCUCUACCUUUACCUGCCUUUGCUAAUGUAAAUGAAUGUACAUUCCAUGUGUCUAUUUAUGUACAGAAACAUGUACAUAUGGUAUGCGUCGAGAACUUUAUAAAUCAGUGGAUGUAAAUGGUUUGAUGUUUGUUUUGCAGUAUUUAUCAUAUUUUUAAAUCAGUGGGAGGAUCUGCAUGUCUGCUGUUCAAACGGAAUCAUGGGAUGUCCAACGAAAGCAGAAUCAUUGAAUCAUAGAACAUACAAGGGUCGUCGUCUAAACCAGUGGCUCCCAAAGAGCGGGUCGAGACCCACAGAGGAGUUGUGGGAGAUGUUUUUGGGUCCCCCAUGCAAUUUUCCCAAUGUUAUAGUUAAGAUUUAUGGGUUUAUAUUUUAUAUAACAUGCAUAAAAUUCUAAAUGAUAUCAGCUGUAAAUGAGUUGCUUCAUUAUGCACAAAUUUGCUCUUGUCAUGAUUUAUAUCAGAGUUAUGAGAUGGGUCUCCAUAGAAAGUUAGGGAAACACUGGUUGUUCUUCAUGUCAUUCAUCUGUUGUCUUCAUACUUCCAUAGCAAGAAAACAUCUGUGACCACAGAACGUUUCCCUGCUGGGUGAUUAAAUACUGUCUCCAUGAGAAUCUAAACAAAGAGUCAAUGCACUAAUUCUGCUGUGGUAAAACUCGCCAAACAGUCACUACAGUGUUUGUCUUUUUGCUUUGUAUGAUUUAACAUUUGCUGCUGGGUUUCCCUUUUCUCUUGUUUCUUAAUAUUAAAACCAAAAAUCUAGAAACCUC